CAAUCAAAUCGACGAUUAUCGAAAAUAUGUCAGAGUAAAUUACAGUACCCACAUUUUAUAUUAAUUUUCAUAACGCCAUUGCUUACUUUAACCCAGUUUUCUAAGCUGCGCCCCGGUUGUACAGCAAAUGUAAUUUCGGUAUAUUAAUUUCCGCGUUCGCGUAACUAAUACAUUCCGCACGAUUUGCAAUGUACUCGAGCAGUGACGUCACUAAGGUACCAGGCGGUGAUGCGCUCCGAAGCCUCGAUGAUAGGAUCCCCGAUGUAGGUUAAAUGCGAAGUGUCUAGUCUGCCACGCAUGGCUAUAACGAUGGAGCUGGAAGAGAGCGUCUCGGACUCGAAGCUGCAUAAGGACAGUACAGCUAAGAAGGAACUGCGACCGACGAGCGCCGUCUCUCUUUGCAAGUCUGAAAAUGGUCCAGAAACGUCAACAUCAGCCGAGCAGCUAAAACAGUACCGAUGCUGGGUAAGCAACGAGCGAUGGCAAGAGCUUAAGAAGCUAGCGGACAUCGCCAUGCGAGACCGCAAGGUGUUCAUGAUCAAGGGGGGAGGGUUCCCCGCGGUGCGGAGGGCGCUUUUGCAGCGGGGCUGGUUGGAGAAAUAUGAGCCCCAUAAGGUCCGCCACCCCCCUAUAAACAUAGAUCCAAAAGGAGCUUCAAGACAAGAGCUUUCCAAAGUUGAGCGACUGAUUCUCUACAAAUUCAUGGAGCACCAUUCAGUUGACUUUCUCUGGACGACGAAACGGGACAAGUACGAUUGGUUACUUAGCAACAAAGAGGUCAUUAUUAGCAGGUUUUGUAGGUCGCUUUUCACCACUAAAGAAGGCUUGACAGCAUCUCUAACCCAAAUGCACUGGUACACAGAGCCAGGAGUAGCGCUGACCAAAUUUCCGCGCUGCUACAACAUCCACAACCCAGAGAGCCUUGAGGAGUUUAUAGAGGAUUUUAGAAUAACCGCUUGCAUUAGCAUCCUUAAAUGGCUAUCGAACAGUUUGCAAGCCAGCGGGGAGGGCAAUCUAGUCACGCCCAACGGAAAGGUUCCAUUUUCAGCUAUAGAAUUCGCGUUAAAUCGACUGAACGAGUACAUUGCUUUCUUCACACAUAAAGACAUUGAUGAAAUUGAGGACCAAGCUCAGCAUGUGUGGGAACACGAGUGGGACCAAUUUCUUACACAUCAUUAUUUACUCGUGCACGAAAAGGCCAAAUUUGCCGAGGACAGAAAUACCAGCAUAAGGCAACUAGAACGUAAGGCUGUGAAACUUCUAGGCACAAUGACGAAGUACUGGCCACAAAUAGACAUUGAUGGUGUACUGAACAUAUGGAUAGUGAAGCCUGGUGCGAAGUGCCGAGGCCGAGGCAUCCAGCUCAUGAACAAUAUCAAGGACAUUAUAGGCCUCAUUAAUAUCCCGACAGCCCAGAAAAGUAGAUACGUUGUGCAGAAAUAUAUAGAGAAUCCACUGGUCGUCUAUAACACCAAAUUCGAUAUAAGGCAAUGGUUCCUCAUCACCUGCUGUCAACCUUUGACGAUCUGGGUCUACAAAGACAGUUACCUAAGGUUUAGCUCCCAAAUAUUCAGUUUAUCAAACUACCACGAGUCCGUUCAUCUCACUAAUAACGCUGUUCAGUCCAAAUACAAGAACAACGGCGAAAGAGACAAGGCCCUGCCAGACGAAAACAUGUGGGAUUGUCACUCUUUCAAAGCUUACUUGAGACAGAUUGGAAAACAUGAGUUGUGGGAUUCGAAAAUAUAUCCAGGCAUGAAGGAGUGUCUCAUCGGAGCGAUGCUGGCCUGCCAAGACUCGAUGGACAAGAGGCAGAACAGCUUCGAGCUGUACGGAGCCGAUUUUAUGUUGACUGAAGACUUUACGCCGUGGCUUAUAGAGAUCAACUCUAGCCCUGACCUGGCGCCAACAACUUCGGUCACAGCGCGGCUAUGCCCUCAAUGUCUGGAAGAUGUUAUAAAAGUCGUGCUAGAUCGACGCAACAACCCUGAAGCUGAUACGGGAACGUUUGAACUAGCGUAUAGGCAGUUUAUUCCCAAAGCGCCAGCAUACCUUGGUUUGUCUCUUUGUAUUAAUGGCAAAAAACUAUUGAAAAGUAAAUUGAAACAACACAGGUAUGAACAAAGAAGCACCAUGCCAAUCGUGCAGCGAAUGCCAUCUGAUAACGCACUAUUUAAGGAAGACAAACCGAUUCCUCCUGAGUACAGCGGACCUAUCAUCACAGACUUCCUCUCCUGGCUAAAUCCUUACGACGCACUGCCCACUAACAAGGAUGGCCUCCUUCUUGCAGCCAAGGACUCUUUCACGGUACGCCAAGCUAUCACUGUCGUUAAAUCAGGUCUCGCGUUGAAAAACGGCGGGAAAAAACGUAACUCCUCAGCGAUUUCUUCUAGGACGCACCGAGGAAGACGGGAAAAAAACUCAGAGAGUAAGCGACGCGUCGUGCCCCAUUCAUGCUGCCGGCCCGAGGACACGCAGUCCGCUAAGCACGUCGGCAAAUACCGGACCGAGUCGGCCAGCAAACCCGAGAAGCCCAAGGUUGACAGGUCGGUCGGUAACAAGCGUUGCUACAUAGAUCCUAUCGAAUGGGAACGAGAAACGGCCAGUAUUCUACGUUCAACCAUAUCCGUUCAGAACAAAAUUGCUAAUAGGUCUGAGAACAUUGUGCCAUUGCGACAAUCUAAGUCUGGCAUAAUUAGCACGAAUAAUAGGUCGUUAUUAGAACCCCUGAGCUCGCGGUCUUUCGCCAUCGAGGCGGAUCCGAUUAAAAAACUUAGUGCGGUCGGUAGGAACAUCUGUAAGCUGCGUGAUGAAAAUAGGAAUAAGCAAAAAACUAUAAAGUUUUCGGAGAGUUGCACCUCCAUAUACGCCCCUUACCGUGUAGUUGUGACUCCUCUAAACGACGAGACACAAAAUAAUAAAAAGAAAAAAGAGUAAUAAUAAUAAUAUUGU